AUGUCAUCAGCAGUUGUCACAAGCCUAAUCGAUUCCUAUCGGCAAGUGUUCAUCUAUAUGGGCAUUCCUAUCUUAUCAUUCGGUCUUGUCGGUGAUAUUUUCAAUAUACUUGUAUUCUUGAGUCUUCGAACCUUUCGACAAAGUUCAUGUGCAUUCUAUCUGACUACAAUGUCAUUAUUGAAUCUUGGUCAACUGAUCACUGGUUUAUUAUCGCGUAUUUUAAUCACUGGUUAUGACAUUGACCUCACACGUACUUCAUUGUUUUAUUGUAAAUUCCGAUUAUUCUUCCUUCAAGUGUCUACGGCAAGUUCUCUUGGAUGUAUUUGUCUGGCGACAAUCGAUCAAUACUUUGCCACAUGUGCUCGACCUCGUUGGCAACAAUGGUGUAAUAUUUAUUUAUCCCGACGAAUUCUGUUCGGUUUGAUUGUCAUCGUCAUUAUCGAACAAAGUCCUUGUAUGAUUGUUUAUGACCACAGGAUCUUAUCGGUGACAUCGAAUGAAACAAUUUGUGUUAGUACAAGUAUCGAUUUUGACAAAUUCAACAUUUAUUUUAAUUCACUUGUGUUAGGGAAUGUCAUUCCUCUUACCAUAACAUCUACUUUCGGUGUCCUAAUCUAUCGAAAUAUUCAACAAUUGAGCUAUCGAACCGUUCCAUUGGUUAGACAAGAGCUCGAUAAGCAAUUAAAUUCUAUGGUUCUUAUUCUAAUUUUUUGCAUUCAUAUGACGUUUUUACCACAACUGAUCGUUUACUUUAUCGCAGUUUAUGGAAAUAUUCAAAAUUCUCGUACUCGAGCACAACUUAAUUUGGCUUAUGCAAUUACUCUUUGCUUAUAUUAUUCAUUCUUUGCUUCGUCAUUUUAUAUUUAUAUGAUCGUUUCGGAACGUUUUCGUCGGCAGUUUGUGUACGUGAUCUUUCAAAUGCAUAUUAAUCGGUAUCGUCCACAACGAGUCGCUCCAAAUGUAAUCUUCAACUUAACAUAG